CGAAAAAAAAAAUCGCUAUCAAGAAAAAAUAAAACUGAUUUAUCCUCGGGUUUGAUGCGCGGCCUGAAGGCUGGAGUGAGUCAAUAAAACACCUGGACACUGUGACGUGAUAAAUAAUGACGCAGGGUCAGUCUUAACUUGGAAAAAGACCAAAGGUUAAAUCCUCUAAGCAUUAAUAAGCGCGACAGGAAUAAUUCUCUUUGUUACACGGUUCUUCGUUUUCUGUGGUAUAAUUGGGCAGGCGAGGGUGGACCAAGUUGAAGGUGGUCAGUCUGAGAGCAGCCAUGGCAGGGGCAGGGAGUAGAUCAGCCUUACCCACAGUCCUCCUUGCUAACGUGCAGUCACUCGCAGACAAAUUAGAAGAUCUUAAAAAGAGGCUGGAGGAUCGGGACAUUGAUGUUUGCGCCCUCACCGAGGCCAGGAUAGGGGAUGCUGCACAGGCUGAGAUAGAGGGAUACACGCUGUGGUUGCAGACUCGGCCAGAAAAGAAACAUGGUGGCUUGGCCCUCUACGUCAGGGAUGACAUUACCUCCACAGUGUUACCCUUCCACGUCCCUAGUAACCUGGACGUGUUGUGGGUGAGGGUGGACCCCCGAGGCUUACCCAGCGAUGUGUCCUGCGUGGUGUUCUGUGUGGUCCACCACACCCACCCUCACACCAGCGGCCUCAGGGAGCCCCUCAUGGCCCACCUCAUGGAUGUAGUGACCGGGAUCUACAGCCGAGAGCCAGAUACGGGAGUCGUUAUCCUCGGGGGCUUCAGGGACUUCCCGGAGCAUAAGAUCCCUCCGGACCUGAACCUUCAGCAAGUGGUCAACAAGCCCACCCACAGAGGCAGCAUCAUGGAUGUAAUUGUCACUAACUUGAUGAAUCACUACAAGAAGCCCAGACUCUUACGUCCCAUCGCUUCCUCGGCUUACAAGAGCGUCUACUGGGUGUCUAAAUAGCUAUUAUAUAUAUAAUCUAUCUACUGGGUGUACCGGUAGUUAUUACAGCUGCUGCUUGUCUACUGGAUAUCCCGGUAGUUAGUACAGCUGCUGGUCUUCUGGGGUAUCCCGGCAGUUACUACAGCUUCUGGGUUUCCCGGUACUUUUUACAAAUGUUGCCUGUCUGCUAGGUGUUGCAGUACUUCCUGCAGCUGCUGCCUGCCUACUAAGUGUCCCGGUAGUUACUACAUCUGCUGUCUACUGGGUGUCCCUGUACUGCUUAUCUACUGGAUAUCCUGGUUGUGCUUGUCUGCUGGGUGUCCCGGUAGUUACUACAUCUGCUGUCUACUGGAUGUCCCUGUACUGCUUAUCUACUGGAUAUCCUGGUUGUGCUUGUCUGCUGGGUGUCCCGGUAGUUACUACAUCUGCUGUCUACUGGAUGUCCCUGUACUGCUUAUCUACGGGAUAUCCUGGUUCUACUUGUCUGCUGGGUGUCCCGGUAGUUACUACAGUUACAUCCGGAAUGAUCUUGUGUCCACAUAUUUAUUGAACGGAUAAGGAAGUUGACUUAUAAGACAGAAUUUUCAUUCUAUUUUCUACGUGAUAUUUCUAGGAAACCUUUAGCUAAGUUGAACUAUAAAAUGACAUCUGAAACGUUACUUUUAACAAGAAUACACCUACUCAUUUCCUCUUGUGAAAAAAAUCUAAUAUAAAGAAA